AGCGACGACACCGCCGUGCCGAAGGGAACGGCGCUUCCGUUCUGUCGUCGGCUCCGUUUCUCUUUCUUCAGAAAAGAGAAAAAGACAGAGAAAGAAGAAAAGGGGGAGAAGAAGAGAAAAAACACCUUUAUCUCUCUUUAGGAUUCUUUGGCGGACGCCGCUGACUCGGUUGGUCACGUCCCACGCGACGUCCGCUAUCGAGAUCGCGGGAUACCAUUGUCGGCGCGUCGUCGUUUCCCUAGUCGCGCGAGAAAGAAGCUCCGGAAGGGAGUCCGGAAGAUCUGCGCCGCGGUGAAGGCGACCGGACACGCUGUUCUGUUCGCGGCUUUCUUCUUCGUAUACAUGCACCGAUAUAUCCUGAACGUGCUCUGGUGGUGCGUAUCUCCUCGGUUGGUGCUAGUUUCCGGCGCGGGGAAGUUUUCGAAGGACGUCUCGCGUGCGAGUUAACCGGCUAAUCAUUUAUCCGCGAGUGUGUUUCACCGUCGGUGUCUGUUGCCGCGACUUGACAGCGUGAGAAAUAAAGUGAGUACUUACGCUCUGGUUCUUUCUCGACAAGGGAGAAAAACGGGAAGAGAAAUAUAGAGACGAAAAGAGAGAGAGAGAGAGAGAGAGAGAGAGAGAGAGAGAAAGAGAGAGAGAGAGAGAGAGAAAGAGAAAGAGAGAAAGAGAGAGAGGAGCCGUAAGCAAGUGCAUUUUUCAAGGACGUUGUUUCUGGCGCAUUUCGCUGGACUGCACGCACAGGUGCUGUCCUUCGCCAUCUAGCAACAAAGCGGGAGGAACUCCUGCGUCACUUUUUGUUACAACGAAAUUUGUAUACGUAGUAAUCACAAUUAGUGCUCUUCGCGAAGAAGCGAGGAAACCGCGUCUCCUUUAACGAUCGACGAAAAAAGAGGAAAAAAGAAAUUAAUUUGCUACAUAAUAAAUAUAAUAUUUAUUUAUUGAAAAACCAUAUAAAAAAUAUUAUAUAUAUUUAUCAAAUUAGAAUUAAGAUCUACGAUACGAUUCUACUGAGCUAAACAUCAAUUGGAAUGAGAAACUCGAAAUAUUGCAUCGAAUUGCAUAACUAGAUAUGCCACUUCGCCGCUAAUUAGUUCAAUCCUCUUAAAAAUUCUCGAGAACACUUCUGACUGAAAGAGAAGUUUGCGGGUUGUAUAAGAGAGAAAUGUAAAGGGAAAUGAAAUGUGUAUCAAAAAGUGAGAUAAAAAAGAGAUUCAAGAUCAGUCGACGCGAAAAUCGAAAUAGAUGAACUAGAUGACCGAGGAAUAAAUCCUUGGAAAUCGAUUGAGGAAGCGCGAAGGGAGGAAGAGUGAAAUACAUCAGCUACGGAAAGGGGGACAAGUGUAUCUCAAGAAAAUCGACGAUUCUCGAUGGGAGGAAACGAAGGCCGGGACGGGAAGCGCGGAGACGAGAAUUCUCGCGAAUAAGAUGAGCCAAGACCGUCGCGGGAUCUCGCAGAUAGGGAUUGUCCUCAGGAUGGCUGCGGCAACGAUGGCCUUCGAUGGAACGUCGUCGUGCGGUUCAACGACUUAGAAUUACGUCCAUAAAGCUACGACCUAUACGUGGGUUCGCGCUCAAGCGACCGCCCUUCUCCGCGCGUGUACUAGGUAUGCGAUAUUGCCAGGAAAGAAGGAAAAUCUUCGCCGACCACAGGACAUCGAAACAUUCAAAACGUGAAAUUUAACAACAACGACGAAAAGAAAGAAGUUAUAAAAUUGUUUCAUUGAAUUUUUCUUUUUACAUCGACAUGAAAAUAGUCUCCCGCGCGAUUGUUCGAACAACGCAGCAACAUUCCGAGGAAUAUACUCGCGUCGUAUAACUCCAACGAACAGAAAAUACAAUAUAUCCGAUGAGGGAUUAUGAUAAUGUGACGAGACCUCGCAUUUGACGUCACAAUUUGUGUGAUGCGUAAUUAUUGGUGCUAGAUUAACAAUAAGCAACACUUUGUCAUUGUCGUGAUAUUUAGCGCGAUAAGAAGAGACUUUCGUUUCGACAACGCGGUUGUGGGAAUUUCUUCGAGAACGUUUUCUCUCUCUCUCACACGCACACAUCGGAUAGAAAUUUACAAAACUCAGCAUCAUGUUCCAGUGCAUCAUACAGCAAAGAAACGGCUGGAUCCAUCCGUACACUCCCGACACCAAGGAUGUUUUUCCAGACAUAAGGCUACAGCUGAACGAGCAGCUGAGAUGCCUCGACGUGAGGAUGGAGGCGCAAGUCGCCCUCGUGGCCGAGCUCCAAGACUUCUUCCGCAAAAGGGCGGAACUGGAGCUCGAUUACAGCAAGUCACUCGACAAAAUGGCCAGGAGCAUACAGAUGAGGCACAAGGAGCAGAAACAGAAGCGGGAACAAUGGCCCUUGUUCUCCAGCUACGCUUGCUGGCAGCAACUCGUCAACGAGACCAAGUCCCUGAGCAGAGACCACGCCGCUCUGUCCGAGGUCUACAGCACCCAUCUCGUGGGUCGUCUCAAUCAGGUGAUGGAGGACGUGCAGCGAAUUUACAAGCGUUGUCGCGAAAUCGGAUACGAGACGCAUGAGGAGAUACUUCGGGUGUUGCACGAGCUUCACACAACGAUGAAGACUUAUCAGGCUUAUCAGGCCGAGUCCAGACAGGCAGAGACGAAGCUCCGCGUGGCCGAGCAGCAACGCAACAAACUCGAGGUGGCGAACGCGGAGAGCCGCGAGAAACUCACGCGCAGCAAGAAAUACAAGCUCAUCGAAAAGGAAGUCAACAAGAGGAAGAGCAAGUAUCAGGAGGCGAAGUUAAAGGCACUCAAAGCGAGAAAUGAGUACAUCUUGUGCCUGGAGGCGUCCAACACGACGAUACACAAGUACUUCGUCGACGACCUGUCCGAUCUCAUCGACUGCAUGGACUUUGGAUUUCACAAUUGUAUAGCAAGGGCAUUGCUGAUGCACUGCAGCGCAGAGGAGGGCAGACAGCGUUCUCUGCAAUCUGGCGCCGAACAAUUAGCCGCGUGUGUCGGUUCUCUCGACUCUCGUGCGGAUAAGCAGAGAUUCUUGGAGUCUCAUCACGCGGCCUUUAUGAUUCCCAAGAAGUUCGAGUUCCAAGGACAGCGUGGAGACGAAACUCCCGAGCCGGAGCUGCAAAAGAUGUUGCAUUCAGAGAUGGAGCAACGUUUGCAACAGUUGCAGCAACGAGUGACAUCGCUGCGAACCGAGUCGGAGGAGGUGUGGAAGACCCUGGAGACCGCUGAGGCGAGUUUGCUGGAGAUGUUGACCGCCAAAGAUUACGAUUGCUCGCGAUACUUCGGCGAGAACGCCGUGCCUACGUCCAGGCCGCCGGAGACCGUGCAGAUCAAGCUGCGGGCCGACAGACAGGAGACUGAAGAAUUCUACCUCACAAAAUUCAGGGAAUAUCUUCUUGGCACGUCGAGAAUAGCCAGGUUAGAUGCGAAGCAGGAAUAUAUCCGCCAGAGUCUGCUCGACGGUUCGAACGCCAGUCCGAAUCCGUCGAUCUCCGCGACAAAGCAGAAGCAGGCGCGUCGCAAGCGGAUCGGCCGUCUGCAAAUGAACGGUCAGCCGAAGUUGUUCGGCGGCUCGCUCGAGGAGUACCUGGAGAGCACAAAUCAGGAGAUACCGCUGAUUAUGAAGAGCUGUAUUCGCGUGAUCAAUCUGUACGGUUUGCAUCAUCAGGGCAUCUUUCGUGUGUCAGGCUCGCAGGUGGAGAUUAACAACUUCCGCGAGUGGUUUGAGCGCGGCGAAGACCCGCUAGCGGACGUUACUGAUGCUUCGGACAUCAACAGCGUUGCCGGAGUGCUGAAACUUUAUCUGAGAGAGCUACGCGAACCGCUCUUUCCCAUUAUCUACUUCGAGCAACUCAUGGAACUGGCGCAACUCGAGUCGAGGCAGGAAUUCGUAAACAAAAUGAAGGAGAUGAUAUCGAGUCUGUCAAGGCCGGUUGUGAUAGUCAUGCGUUAUCUCUUCGCUUUUCUCAAUCAUCUCUCGGAAUUUUCGGACGAGAACAUGAUGGAUCCGUACAACUUGGCCAUUUGCUUCGGUCCGACUCUAGUGCCCGUUCCUGAGGAAAAAGAUCAAGUUCAAUAUCAGAAUCAGGUUAACGAACUGAUCAAGAAUAUUAUUACGUUCUACGAGGAUAUCUUUCCGGAUGACAUCGGAGGCACUCAGUAUGAGAAGUAUAUCAGCAGGGAACCUGAUGACGGGGAUGUAGGGGAUUCACCGACGGAUCAAGUUCAGGAGGAUAUGGAUUCGGAAGUUUAUCCGUCCGAAGACGAAUCGGAGAAUCUUGAAGCUACGGCGCAGUUCGACUUUAACGCGAGAUCCGAGAGAGAGCUGACCUUCAAAAAAGGCGAUACUCUGACACUUUACACGCAGGUCAGCAACGACUGGUGGCGAGGCGCUCUAGCAGGCAGAGAGGGACUGAUUCCUGACAAAUAUAUUAUGCUCAAGAUAAAGGAUGAGGAGCGUGAGAAGGAUCUUUUGAAAUCGUCCAGUGAGGAAUCCAUGCGUAGAAGAGCGUCCAGUUCGGCGGAUAGCGUACUGUCAAGCAACAACUCGCCGUUGAUGGGUCCGUCGGCGAAUCCGAGCACCUGGUCGUCCGGCGCGGCGUCGUCCGACAUGUCGUCGUCCGCCACGACGAACAUAAUUACGGAUAAUAGUAACGCCAGCGGUAUUAUCGCGUCCGUGGUGUCGAAUGUGCCCUGCAUCUCGUCGUCGGCGCAGCCGAUCAUCAGUCGAGAGAUGAGACCAAAAGGAAUGCCGCUCGCGCGGGGCGCCUGCUUAUCUUCAACGGAUAUCCUUUCGGCUUUCGAGGCUGACACUGCAACUCCGUCAAGGCUGGCCAGGGUGUCCACACCAGAGAACGAGAAGCACUCGGAGCAUCAUCGGAACAAUGUUGACGGCGUUCUCCAAGUCGCGUUGGAGAACAACGUCGAGUGCGUCGACGGUUUAGGUAAUGCGAGCUCGAAUCAGUAUCAGCAACGAGGAAGCGGUAACGAAGAAGCGGCCACGAACGAGGAACAGAUGCUCAACAACAUGUCAGCGACGAUAUCGUCAGUGGACGGUGUUGCGACAAAACGUGCCGCCGGUCGAAAGCAACAACACUGGAAGUCGCAGAGCGUCGGCGAGGGCGUAGUUGCGCAACAACAUCAUCACCAAUUGCAGUUGUCGCACGCGAAUUCUCUGCCCACCGCGACGACGACGACGACGAUAACCACGACAACUGCGACAACCACGUCGAUGAUGACGAUAACGACUGUGAUGUCGGAUGAGGAGUUGCAACAGGAGACGACCAAUUUCUCGGCGAAUCGCGAACUAUGGCAACGCCGUGCCACUUCACAGUCGCAGCUGCUGAAUCAAUCGGCCGCCAAGUCGUCGUCUUACUCGCGCGCGUCCCAGGAGUUCCGCGAAAUGCGGCAAAAGCACACACCCGAUCUGGUGAUGGAUCUGCCGCUGUCGGCGCAGGAUCCUGUCGGCAAAAAAUCCGCGUCGUCCAGCAGUUUAAGCAGUUCGGACGAUGAAGCGAUGAUGCCAUCGUCGUUGCUUGCGCCGCCGCAGACACCGCCCUCGCGAGCGGAGGCGGCCACGUCGCCAACCGGUGGCCCAGAAUCACCGGAUAUGAGCACUGCUGCCGAACGGUUUGCUAAACAAAAUCAGUGCACUCUGAAGAAGAACACGAAAACCGCGAACUCGGAAAACGCCGCCAACAACAAACUGAAGCGAAUUGAUACAACGGAGCAUGACGGAACGAGCGCCGUCGAUGCGGAGAACGACGAGAUCGUCCGGUCAGCCAGCUCGAAUCAGAUCGCCGUCGAUGGCGGCGGAGGCGGAGGAGGAGGAGGAGGAGGCGGUGGGGUACCGCUCAGGUCACCCCUACCGCCGCGCUCCACCCCCAAGAUCGUCGCCAAGUUCGCCGACAUGCAUCUGACCGGCGGCAGCCAGGUGGUUUCGUCGUUCAAGCCGCAGGUCAAGGUCAAGCCGACGAUCCUGCGCAAACCGGUGCUGCCGUUCCCGCAUCCGCACAUGAGUCCCGAACUCGCGCGCAAAAUCGAGAAGCAGGCGCAGAGCGCGGAGCAGGCCAACUAGAUUGCCAUAAUCGCCGAAUGAGAGCCAAGAGAAGAAAAAGGUUUUUCACGUAUUACUCGCGGUCGGAACGCGCGCUUGGUGUCCCUGCAACAAUUGUCGAGAAGUUGUUUUUCCGUAAGUGUUGCUUCUCGAGUCACGGACAAAAGUGAUACAAGUUUCUAGUUUUGAGAAAUUUCGAGUAUAUUAUAAACACGAGUUUUGAAGAUUACGCGAGAAUUUUCACUUUUAUCACUUUCGGAGCCAAAUGCCUCGAGAAAGUCUUCCUUCGAGUUGACUCACCUGAACUUGUAUUUCUUCUUAAAGAAAAAAUUCUCCGCUUCGGAAAAAAAAACAAAAAAAAAUAUACUUGUUGACAAUAAUCGUUCCUUUUUUUGUCUCGCAUAAGAAUUUAUACGUGUGUGAAACAUAAACCAAAAAAAAAAAAAAAAAAAAAAAAAAAAA